AUGCACGCUCCCGCCGCAAAGCUCAUGGCCCUCGCCGCCAUCCCCUGCGCCGUCUCUGCUGCUCACCACAUCGUCAAAGUCGGAGAGAGCGGUCUCAACUUCUCUCCCUCAGAGACCAAGGCCAGUGUCGGUGACACUGUCGAGUUCCACUUCUACCAGGGCUUCCACUCUGUCGCCCAGAGCAGCUUUGCCAAGCCCUGUGAGCCUAUCAACAGCACCGCCUUCUUCAGCGGCGACAUGAACGUGAAGGAUAAGGUCAGCGACAAGGUCUUCACCAUCGAGGUCAAGUCAGAGGACCCCAUCUGGUACUACUGUGCUGUGCAAGGUCACUGCCAGGGCGGUAUGGUUGGUGCUAUCAACGCUCCUACCAGCGGUCAAAAGAGCUUCGACGCCUUCGCCAAGGCUGCUGCUGAUUCCGACGACUCCAAGGAGCCCCAGUCCACCGGCGGUGGUUCAAUCGGCUCUGCCACAGCAACACACAGUGCCUCAGGAACUGCCGCUACCGGCUCAACCACCGAGACUGGAACUGCUGCCAGCGCAACUGCGACAGAGAGCACUGGAGCCAAUGCUGGUCUCGAGGCCCGGGGAGAGAUCCGAUGGGGUCUGAUGACCUUCGGUGUUGCCAUGGCCGGAGUCUUCGGAGGCUUGAUGAUGUAA